CUUGAUUUGUUGCCGGAUCGGGAGGCGACACUUAUUACCAGAAAAGAUGUUAAAAAAUAUAAAAACCCACAGUUAGCUGCUAAGCACAUCUGACACCAGCUCCUCGUUAGCUAAUUAACACCAUCCCCAGGGGACUGGGUGCUGCUAAUUGCCUCUGAUGGGAGUGAGGGCUACAAAAGGCCCUGGGCAGCCUCUUGCCCCUUAUGCUGGGUUCUGGUGGGUAGGAUGAAGCUCACAAGCUGCCUGGAUUUUGCUCUUUUCUGCUGCCUCCUGGAGAUGGGGGCUGCCUACAGCUCUUGGGGCUUCCUCCAAGGGGAAACAGAGCUGUGGGGGGCUCAGUCCUUGGGCCAGCCCCAUGCCUUCUCCCAGCCCUCCCCAUGGGCAUGGGUAGAUGUGUCUCAGCUCCAGGCUGCGUCCCCACUGCACCCCGUGUCUGUGUGGUGCCAGGAGGCACAGAUGGUGGUCACGGUGCACAGGGACCUCUUUGGCACCGGGCGCCUGGUCCGGGCUGCAGACCUGACCCUGGGUACGGCUGCCUGCCCAGCCACAGCCCAGAAUGCUGCUGAGAACGUGGUGACUUUCGUGGCUGGGCUGCAUGAGUGCGGCAGCACCCUCAGGGUCACCCCUGAGGCUCUCAUCUACAGCACAAGCUUGAAUUACAGCCCAUUCCGUGCUGGUAACCCCGUCAUCAUUCGUACUAGCCCUGCUGUGGUUCCAAUUGAGUGCCACUACCCAAGGAGGAACAACGUGAGCAGCCACGCCAUCCAGCCAACAUGGGCACCCUUCCACUCCACCCUCUCCUCUGAGCAGAGGCUGCUUUUCUCCUUGCAUCUUAUGAAUGAUGACUGGAGCACCCAGAGGGCCUCUGCUGUGUUCCAGCUGGGGGAGAUGCUCCAUGUGCAGGCCAGCGUCAGUGUGGGGAACCACGCACCUCUGAGGCUCUUUGUGGACAGCUGCGUGGCCACCCCCAGCCCAGACAGGGGCUCCUCUCCCCAGUAUUCAUUCAUUGACUUCAAUGGGUGCAUGGUGGAUGGGCGGCUGGAUGAUGCCACCUCAACUUUUAUAUCCCCAAGGCCCCGGCUAGAUGUGCUUCAGUUUGCAGUAGAUGUGUUCAAGUUUGCAGGAGACUCCAGCAGCCUGCUUUACAUCACCUGCCACCUGAAGGUCUCUCCAGCCAGCCAACCUCCGGACCCUCAGAACAAGGCUUGCUCCUUCCACAAACCCAGCGGGCUCUGGGCACCUGUGGAGGGCACACGGGCUGUUUGCUCAUGCUGUGAGACACAGAGCUGUGGCACAGCAAGGCAUUCCCUACAGCCCCACAGCCCAUUCCAUCAGCACAGAGGGCGAACCCGCAGGGGGCUGCCCCUGCAUCCCACAGUGGGAGAAGCAGAUGUGAUGCUCGGCCCUCUGCUCAUCCAUGGCCUCCAGCAGCAGCCAGCAGCAGGCGGGGUGCCCUCAGCAGGUGCUGGAAGCCUUGUGGGGCUGGGACUGGCUGCUGGUUCAACAGUCCUGCUCCUUGCUGCUCUGGGAGCCCUGGCUGCCCGCCGGACACACAGCAACCCUGUCUGAAUUAUGUUCUCAAUGUUUUAGCUUCUAAUAUCCAAUAAAGAGUAAACCUGACCUACAA